AUGUGGGGGAACCUGCGCGUAUCUGGGCGUCUGCUCUCUGCCCUCUCAGGACAGUCACUGAGAGGACAGAUCAUUCUUGGAGUUCUGAAAACUGUGGCUCAUGGGUUGGCAGUAUUCAAGGACGUGGCGAUAGACUUCACCCAGGGAGAGUGGAACUACCUGGGUGCUGCACAAAAGGACUUAUCCAGAGACGUGAUGUUGGAAAACUACCACAACCUGGUCUCUGUCGGACUUUCCAGAUCUAAGCCAGAUGUGAUCUCCUUACUGGAGCAAGAGAAGCAGCCUUGGAUAGUUCCAGGCCAUGACAGGCGGACCUUGCCCAGCAUUAUUCACAAUACCCAACGUAUGGAAACCACCUGUGUUGAUCAAUGGAUGAACAGAACAAGAAAAUGGGAAAGCCAUAUAUGCAAUGGAAUAUUAUUCAGUCUUAUAAAAGAAGGAAAUCCUGUCAUUUGCAACAACAUGAAUAAACCUCAAGGGCAUUAUACUAAGUGAAAUAAGCCAGGCAGAGAAAGAAAUGCUGCAUGGUAUCACUUACAUGUAGAAUCUUUAGGAAAAAGAAAAAAGCCAAACUCCUAGAAAGUAGAAAAGAGAUUGUCAGUGGCUGCAAGU